GGCAAAGUAAAUACACUGUAUACAUGUGUUUAUGUGGUAUGCCAUUUGCCAUGUUUCCUCAUUUAAGACUAUGAAUCAUUUUAAUCUGGAGUGAAAUGUUUGUUUGGAUAUUUGCUGGGUCGGUUUUUACAAGCAUUGUAGAGCUGCAUCGACGCUGCUGUUUAGCAAGUUACACUGGCCCUUUAAGGCUCCACCCCCUUCUUCACCAGCUUUCCUGAUUGACAGCUCCAGCCCUGAUCACAUGACCUGCCUCUAUUUGAAGGUCACAAAAAAGCAGCUUCCUUCAGAGAGGGAGAGAGAGCUAGGAGGAGGAGAGAGCAGAGAGAACGAUCAAUGCAAAAUGGCUGCCAGUCUCUGGUUUAUGCACAUUUCCCUUUAAAGAAAAAAACAUAGAAGCCGUGUGUUUGGAGUUUUUUUGCUGUUGUGUUUUGCAUUUACGUCCUAUUUUUAUUUAGUGUAUUUUCGUUAAUGUUUUUUGUACUGGAUUUACCUUGUAUGCCUCAAAUCGCUGGAAUAUAGCACAGUUGCACUUUAUAAGAGAGAAGGAGCAAGAAAGGGAAGAACAGUUAAUGGAAGACAAGAAAAGGAAGAAAGAGGAUAAAAAGAAGAAAGAAGCUGCCCAGAAGGUCACAGAACAAAAAACCAAAGUGCCCGAAGUGACGAAACCAAGUUCAAGCCAAGCGACGGCCGCCAGCCUUCCUGGCAGCUCCCCCUCGCCACCAGUCAAUGGUGGCAACAAUGCCAAAAGGGUGGCAGUGCCGAACGGACAACCGCCCAGCACCGCCCGCUACAUGCCUCGGGAGGUGCCACCGAGAUUCCGCUGCCAGCAGGACCACAAAGUGUUACUGAAGCGUGGACAGCCCCCUCCGGCAUCCUGUAUGCUGCUGGGGGGAGGAGCAGGGACUCCCCCCUCGUCCUCUGCACCAGGGACCGGCCCAGGCAACGCACAGCCAGGGGUGGGAACGCUGCUGCCAGGGGAGAGUGGGCCUGCAACAGAUACGUUGUCAGGAGCAGCUGCUACUUCAAAUUAUGCAAAUUCCACUUGGGGCUCAGGAGCCCCCUCCAGCAGUGGCCCAACCGCAACCCCAUCCCACGCCUGGGACAAAGUGAUUGUAGACGGGUCGGACAUGGAAGAGUGGCCUUGCAUAGCUGGUGUGGACGCCGAACCCCCUUCCGAAAACGCCACAGACAACAACAGUGCCUCGAACCCAGCCUCUGAGAAGGGUCCCCCGCAAGGAAUUGCCACUAACCAUAAAGGGAGGGGGGGCCAGGGUCAACAACAACAACAACAACAACAGCAGCAGCAGCCGCCGCAGCCUGGCAGUGAAUGUACCCAGGGUGUGUGGAAAUCAGACCCUAAGGCUAAGCCCGUCCCGUCUUCCAGCCCUGCUGCAGAGGGUGUUAAUAGACUGGGAAACUGGAGGAGCGUGGGUGGGCCUGAGAGAACAGGGCCUGCCUCUGGUUUCAGUAACUUUAACCCAAAUACCAACCCAUCAGCCUGGCCAGCCUUGGUCCAGGAAGGCAGCAGGAAAGGGAACCCGGAGCCAGAUAGUGGAUUCUCCAGCACACAGCUAGGGCCAACGGGUCCAACUUCUCGGGAGCAGCAGUCAAAGAUGGAAAAUGCGGGUGCCGGUUUCCCAGCCUCAUGCAGGGAGCCGGCAACAACCCAUCACACUGACGGACCAAAAAAUGGAAACACUAACUCAACAAACUCAAAUACUGCAAACCCCUCUGAAAACAAGGGAACAGCCUUUGGGUCUGGGGAUACCUGCCGGGGCUCUGACCCCUCUGCUCAAAGCACUGGAGAUAGAAAGAAUGGGGGUCUGGGUUCAUGGGGGCCAUCAAGGGGUCCGUCUGCUUCAGGGGAUACCGUCUGUGGGCAUGGAAACUCCAGUAAUAAUGGACGAGACAGGGAGGAUGCAAGGAAGGCGUCUUCAUCUCACAGACCCAACGGGUCCAGAGGGGAAUCUUGGGAUAAUAAAAGUGGUGGUGGGAAUGGUUCUUGGGGCUAUGGCCUACAAGGAGACCCCAGCGAAGUGAAGUGGGGUGAAGGGAACAAAUCUGGGGCUGGUGGAACGUCUCAGGGAGAAUGGAAGCAGCCGACUGGGCAUGAGGACUUAAAGGUGGGAGAGUGGGGAGGUUCGAGCCAAGGAAAUUCUAGCACUGGAGCAUGGGACAAUCAGAAGGGUCACUCUCUAUCAGAGAACCAGGGCAACACGCCAUCAGCGGCCUGCUGGGGCCGUGCCCCCAGCUCAGCAGGAAGUGAGGCUGGGGGGCAAAGCACUGGAAGCAACCCCAAGGCUAGCGGCAGUGGAGACAGUCUGAACUCUUGCAAUAGACGUUCGCACAGAACUGCCCUCCCAGAUAGUCAGGUCGUCCUGCAGACACUGCUAAACAGAACUGACCUGGAUCCCCGGGUUCUCUCAAACUCUGGCUGGGGCCAAACCCAGAUUAAACAGGAUGCAGCCUGGGAAACAGAAGAGGUGAUAUCUCGCCCUGAGGGCAAAGCGGACCGUGGGACUGAGGGUUGGGAGAACAUGUCCCAAGCCAAGAGCUCAGGGGGCUGGGGCGAUGCCCCCAGCCAAAGUAAUCAAAGCAAGUCUGGCUGGGGAGAGCCCCCUACCCCAGCCCCUCCUGCCCAAGAAUGGAAGGAUGCCAAAGCAACUGGCUGGAGUGACUAUAAAAGUAGCCCAACUGGUUGGGGGGGUGCUGGUGGAGGUGGAACUGGUGGAGGGGGAACUGGUGGAGGGGGAGCAAUUGGUGUACGACAAGAGGAAAAGGCAGGUCCUGGGUGGAACAAUGACAAUGGAGGGAAUACCGAACAAGGAUGGGGUACUCGGCCUCCUAAUUCUGGAAGUGGGUGGUCUUCUGGGAAGAAUGGCUGGGGGGGAGGAGGGAAUGAUGAAAUUGAGCCUCCCAAAGGACCUGGGGGCUGGGAUGGUUCAGCAAAUAAACCUUCCUCUGGCUGGGGGGAGGUAGGUCAGAAUGAUGUUGGAUCUUGGGGUAAUGGACCUAGCCCCAAUCCAGCUCCCCGAAAUGGCUGGGAGGAAAAUAAAAGGCCCCAAAGUGGUGGAAGUUGGGGCGAGGCAGCUAGACCUCAGCUUCCAUGGAAUAAGCAGCAUGAAGCAACACCAGCCGCAGGAUCUCCUGGUUCUUGGGGCACUCAGGCACCACCACCUCCUGGAAAUGGUAGGCCGCCUCCUACCCCAGGAUGGAAGGGUGGUCCACAGCCUGCAGUAUCCAAGGAUGAGGAGGCAAGUGGGUGGGAGGAGCCAUCGCCACAAUCCAUGGGCCGUAAAAUGGACAUUGAUGAUGGAACAGCUGCUUGGGGUGACCCUAAUAGCUACAACUAUAAGAACGUUAGCCUGUGGGACAAAAACUCACAAGCAAACCCUGCACAGAUGCCAAGGGAACAGGGAAUGCCAGGAUCUUUAGCCAGCAAGGCAGCACCAUCAGUGUGGAGCAAAAACAAAGGUCCCCCAGCCGACAACGGGACAUCAGCCUGGGGUGAGCCAACUGAACCUGCUUCAGGUUGGGGAGAAGGAGAAGAAGGUGGACCCCCAACCCCAGGAUGGGGAAAUGCACCACCUGUAGCUCCCAGUGCCAUGAAAACUGGUACAAAAUCUAUGCAAGACAGCUGGGGCGAAAAUGAAGGACCAGUGACAGGGACGCGUCACAGCAGCUGGGACGAUGAGGAGGAAGGUGGAGUGUGGAACAGUGCAGGAUCUCAGGGAAGUGGCUCCUCUCACAACUCAGCAGGUUGGGGCCAAGGAGGAAAGAAACCACAGAUCAAGGGUUCGUUAAAAGGAGGCAACAAUGAUUCCUGGAUAAACCCAUUGUCCAAGCAGUUCUCAAACAUGGGAUUGCUGAGCCAAGUAGAUGACCCCUCUGCUAGUAAGAUGGACCACCCUGUUGGUGGGCUUCCAGAAAAGAAGUUUGAGGCAGACAAACGGGGUGUGAAUCUCGGGGAUUUCAAUGAGAUGAUGCGGAAGGACCGUUCUAACUUCCGUCUGCCAAAUUCCAAAGAGAUGGGAGCCUCAGACAGCGGGCCUUACUUUGAGAAGCUGACUUUGCCUUUCUCCAAUCAAGACGGGUGCCUUGGGGACGAGGCUCCGUGCUCCCCCUUUUCUCCCUCCCCCAGCUACAAGCUAUCUCCCUCCGGCUCCUCGAUCCCCUCCAUGGGCCUGGGGGCUAUCGGUUCGGGCCUCAACCCCCAAACCUUCGCUGCUAGACAAGGUGGCAAUCACGGUCUAUUUGGGAACAGCGGUGCACAAUCACGAGGCAUGCACAACCCUGUGCCAUCGCUCAACUCCUCUCCCAACCUCCGGGCGCAAGUGCCUCCCCAGUUCCUUUCUCCCCAGGUGUCGGCCUCCAUGCUGAAGCAGUUCCCUAACAGUAACAUGAACCCAGGGCUGUUUAACAUGGGACCCCAACUUUCCCCUCAGCAGAUUGCUAUGCUGAGCCAGCUCCCCCAGAUCCAGCAGUUCCAGUUGGCAUGCCAGCUUCUCCUGCAGCAGCAGCAGCAGCAGCAACAGCAGCAGUUGCUUCAGAACCAGAGGAAGAUCUCGCAAGCAGUCCGGCAGCAGCAGGAGCAGCAGCAGCUUGCACGAAUGGUAAGUGCCCUCCAGCAACAACAGCAGAGGCAGCCAGGAAUGAAACAUUCUCCUUCUCAUCCUGCUGGACCCAAGAGUCACAUGGAUUCUGUGGGGCUUUCAGACAUGCAAGGCAAGGGGCAUAUCCCUGGCUAUGGAUCAGGCUUCGGCUCCAGUGGAAUGGAUUAUGGGAUUGUGGGUAAAGAAGCUGGUGCAGAGUCUCGUUUCAAACAAUGGACAUCCAUGAUGGAUGGAAUGCCCUCAUCCAUGUCCCAAGAUGCAGGCUUGCAGAAGAAUGGUGAGCAGUUAUUUUGCUCCAUUCCCCCUCCUGUGAAAAACCGUGGGGGUUCACCUUACAACCAGUUUGACAUGAUGUCUGGGGAGCCAGUGGGAAUGCACGGUGGGCCAGCUGGAGAGAGCUGGUUACCUUCCAAGUCCCCACCUUCAAGCAAAAUUGGAAGUAAAUCAAUGAAUGCUAGUUGGCCUCCAGAAUUCCAGCCUGGUGUGCCGUGGAAAGGGAUUCAGAAUAUUGAUCCAGAAUCAGACCCGUAUGUUACCCCCGGCAGUGUGCUGGGGGGCCCAGCCCCAUCUCCCAUCGUAGAUACUGACCACCAGCUACUGCAGGACACCCCCACAGGGUCCAAUUCUUCCCUCAACACCUCGCUGCCUUCACCUGGUGCCUGGCCCUACAGUGCCUCUGAGAAUAUCCACAGCACUUCAGCACUCUCAGCAAAGUUUGGCGACUACAAAUCCACCUGGUCACCAGACCCCAUAGGACACAACCCGUCGCAUCAUUCUAACAAAACGUGGAAGAACCCGAUGUCCAGGAACAGCCCUGGGCUGCCUCGCCCCCCUCCAGGGCUAACCAACAACCCCAAAGCCACCAAUUCCCCCUGGAACAGCACAGCUCCCCGUUCUGUCAGGGGCUGGGGGGGACAGGACACCAGAAUUGCAUCUGCAUCUACCUGGAGCGAUGGUGGAUCCGUGCGUCCCAGCCACUGGCUCAUCCUUCUUAAUCUUACACCACAGAUUGAUGGAUCCACCCUGAGGACGAUCUGCAUGCAGCAUGGUCCCCUGCUGACAUUCCAUCUCAACCUCACCCAGGGCACGGCCCUGAUCCGAUACAGCACCAAACAGGAGGCAGCCAAGGCCCAAAGCGCCCUGCACAUGUGUGUUCUGGGCAACACGACUAUCCUGGCGGAGUUUGCAACAGAUGAAGAGGUGAGCCGUUACCUUGCACAAGCUCAGCCCCCAACUCCCUCUGCUCCGGGCGCAGGCUGGCAACCCUUGGAAGUGGGACAGAAUCACCAGGCUGAACCUGUAGGGCCAGCCCUAAACCUUUUUGGAGGGACCACGGGGCUGGGACAAUGGAGCAGCGGCGGUGGUGGUAGUGACCUGGCCGGAGUGUCCCUCUGGGGAACUCCCAACUACACAUCUAGCUUGUGGGGGGUGCCCAGCACAGAGGAUGCUCAUAGGAUGGGCAGCCCUGCCCCGUUACUACCCGGUGACCUUCUAGGAGGAGGGGCCGACUCAAUAUAAACUUUGAACUUUCAACUCUGACCUCGUGACCUUUCAGAGCAGCAGCACUAACUUGACAUUUUUUGUGUUUUUUUUUUUUCAAACUUGCAAUAAAUACUUUUUUUUAACAAAAAAAGGAAAAACAAAAAAAAAAAUGAAUAGAGAGAAUCAGGUGGGUGCAAACUAAGACUCCUGAUCGCCAACGUUACAAAACAAACCCUGCGGUCUCUUUUAAAGUGGUUGGUUUAAUUUUUGUUUUCUUUUUUGUGCUUGCGGAUUCAUUCCUCCCUCCUCCCCAUUACAGAUGAGAAGAGAAGGGGGAGAGAGUGAUAAGGAAAUGGGGGGGGAAAUAUUGAAAAACCGAAAUGUGGUUGGGUAAAUGUAGAAAAUAGGGGAGGAAAAAAUGGACAAAAUACACAUAUCAGUCUUGAAAUACUUGAAUAAUGAAAGCCAAUGUUGAGAGACAAUGUGAAUUUAAAAAAUAUACAACUUGUCAUUUUGUGCUGGGGGACAAUGUCGGGCUUUAUUUUUUUCACAUUGCGUUUUGGAAAGUUAGAAAAUUGCUGAAGUUGAUGCAAGGAGAUAAUACAAAUGCAGGAGAAAGGGUUGUUUGCACAUUAA